AUGAAGGUCAGCACAAAACGCUCUGAUAUCUCUCAAGAUAUAACCUUGAGGGGUGCAGCUUUGCCACGUGUAGCGCCUGAUCCCAUGCACCUGCAUGCAGCACCGUCGAGACCAUGGCCAUGGAUGAACUUGGACGUUAAUUCUGACUUGACUGAUACAACCGUCGUGAAUCAAUCCUGGCAGGGCUACCCUCAGAACCAGUUCAGGAACUGGACCCCAGAUAAAGUUCAGCGAAGUAAGAUGUUCGAAAAGUGUUCAAAGGAUCAACCUAGCACCAUUUACUGGAUGGAUGUGUGCGACUCUGAAAACGUCGUCAGGUUUACCAUCCCAGAUAUGGGAGGAAAUGACCCUGGUACUACAAAAGUGCCAACAAAGGAUCUGAAUCAGUUUUGGGACAUGCUACAGCACAACCGACCAGAAAACAUUCGAGUGCGAUGGUUAUUUGUGGAUGAUUUGACGCAGCCGGUCUUGCGCAUGUUGGGGACAAAAUACAAUAUCGAGCCAUUCUUUUUCACGUCCUCCCUCCACUGGACACCUUCACGAUAUCAAGACACGCUUCGCCAUGGAAAAGGAGAUCAUAUCACUAUUGUCCUACCGUUUUUACAAUCGCAGCAGGAAUCGCGAUCACCACACACUCGCCGGUCACCAACUGACCCCAAAGCAUGGGACUCCGUGACUGAUACCCUGAUCGAUAUCCAGGCUCCCUUUUCGACAGGCGAUGGCCACGUACUCUUCUUUGACGUCCUCGCAAUCCACAUGGUCCGUGACGUAGAAGAAAACACUAUUAUAUCCUAUCAUCCCGAGUCUAAAGGGCACCGAACACCUGCGAAGCACCUCCGCUCUCUCAUACAGUUCGUGGGGGAAAGCAUGUACUGGCAAAGAAUAUUCGGCAAGUCCAAAGACCCGACAUUCCUUUUCCUCGCAAUUUUAUGGUAUGCGCUAAGAGAAUGGGAUGAGUCCCUUGAUUUGCUGUUUCGCCAUGUUAGCGAGCUGGAACUACAAGUACUGCAACUGGAUAAUAUCUCACUUAUAAAUGACCUCCAUGUCCUUCAAGCACGUCUUUUACACUACCAAUCACUCCUUCACGACUUCGAGGUAGCAGUAACGUUUAUCGAGACGACCUCCAAUCCGGCCAUGGAGUCCCAUGAGGUUACUGACGAAGAGCGCACGGACUCAAAUGCACUUAUGAAGAAGGAGUGCAAAAAUCUCCUCAGCGAAAUUGAUCGUCUAGAAAGGCGACGGACGAUGCUGAGCAGUCGACUGAAGAAUACGAUGGACUUUACGUUUGCGAUUGUUAAUACUGAGGACAGCAGGCGGAUGCAGAGGUUUACAUACCUCACGAUAGUCUUCCUACCAGCAAGUUUUACUGCAUCUAUCUUUGGAAUGAACGUCAUAGAGAUCGAUAAUGGGACACAAACACUCGCUCACUACAUGGUGGUCACCGUUGUGCUCACGCUUGUAACGAUUUACAUCGUCGUCAUGCUUCAAGAACAGAACUGGGUUCACAGACGCCGGGCUACCUUGCUGCAGCGCGCAGUGUGGCCCAUUCGUUUACUCUGGUGGAUCAUUCUCCCUCUACAAGAUAUGUGGGUACCACAAUACAGGAGGUCGUCGACGGUUAUAGAUGUCACAGCGUGA